AGAGAGAGAGAGAGAGAGAGAGAGAGAGAGAGAGAGAGAGAGAGAGAGAGAGAGAGUAUGAGGCAAAGUUUUAAGUCUGAAGGAGUGAUGUGACGGUUGGAUUCCUCCUACAGCUCGCCGGCUACAAUGGACCUCCAAAUCACACACUGAAACCUCACUGCUCAAGACACAAUGGUCCUUGUUUUUUUUGUAACAGAAGCUCCAGACACAUCCAAUUCAACCGUGACCAAUGACACUGGGGACUCGUACAACACACACAUCCUGCCCAUACUGCUGGGGCUGUCCGUCUUGCUGCUUUUUCUUGGGUUGCUGACCUGGUUUUGCCACAGGUUGAAAGGCCAGAGGAAAGCUGUCAUCACAGCCGUCGACAAGAAAGUACCAAAUGGCAUCCUGGAAGAGCAAGAGGAAUAUAUAGAUGUGGAUGAUGAGGAUAAGGAUGAGGAUGAUGAUGAUGAGGAUAAGGAUGAUCUUGGCUGGCCAUCAGAAGAGCAACAGACGGUGGUCUUACUGCCAAGAUCCCCUUCCACAUCCAAAACUUAUCUCCCCAUCCCAGUAGACAACUUGGAAGAAGAGUAUCGGAUACGCUCGGCCGAUGAUGGGAAGCUCUUCCGGGAAGAGUAUAAUUCAAUACCAGGGGGUUCGAAGCAAGGAACAUGUGACGAGGCCAAUAAAGAAGAAAACAAGGAGAAGAACCGAUAUCCAAACAUCUUACCAUAUGAUCAUUCCAGAGUGAUUUUAACACCGAUCGAUGGCGUCCCAUGUUCAGAUUAUGUAAAUGCAUCAUAUAUUGACGGCUAUAAAGAUAAGAAUAAGUUCAUUGCAGCACAAGGUCCGAAACAAGACACGGUUGCAGAUUUCUGGAGAAUGAUAUGGGAACAGAAAUCAGCCACUAUUGUAAUGCUAACCAAUCUGAAAGAGAGGAAAGAGGAUAAGUGUUAUCAGUAUUGGCCUGAUCAGGGAUGCUGGACGUACGGUAACGUGCGUGUCGCUGUGGAAGACUUUACAGUACUGGUGGACUACACGAUACGCAAAUUCUGUGUGCAAUAUCAGGCCAGCGACGGCACCAAAACUCCCCGUCUGGUCACGCAGCUUCACUUCACCAGCUGGCCUGACUUCGGCGUUCCCUUCUCGCCCAUCGGCAUGCUCAAGUUCCUGAAGAAGGUGAAGCAGGUGAACCCCUCGUACGCCGGGCCCAUCGUGGUGCACUGCAGUGCUGGCGUGGGCAGGACAGGAACGUUCAUCGUCAUUGAUGCCAUGAUUGACAUGAUGUACACAGAACAGAAGGUGGACGUCUCCGGUUUCGUGUCACGGAUACGUGAGCAGAGAUCACAGCUCAUUCAGACAGAUUUGCAGUACGCAUUCAUCUAUCAGGCUCUGCUGGAGUACUUCCUGUAUGGGGACACAGAGCUGGACGUGUCUUCUCUGGAGGGACACCUGCAGAAACUCCACAACACCAAUGCUCCGCUUGACCGCGUGGGCCUGGAGGAGGAGUUUAGGAAACUGACAAACAUGCGUAUUAUGAAGGAAAACAUGAGGACGGGAAACCUGCCUGCCAACAUGAAGAAAAACAGAGUACUUCAGAUCAUUCCAUAUGAUUUUAACCGAGUCAUCCUAUCGAUGAAAAGAGGCCAGGAGUUCACCGAUUAUGUCAACGCAUCUUUCAUUGAUGGGUACCGGCAGAAGGACUAUUUCAUCGCCACACAGGGUCCUCUGUCACACACGGUGGAUGAUUUCUGGAGGAUGGUUUGGGAAUGGAAGUGUCACUCAAUCGUGAUGCUAACAGAACUGCAGGAGAGAGAUCAGGACAAGUGUUUUCAGUACUGGCCUACUGAGGAUUCAGUGACUUACGGGGACUUCACAGUGGAGAUUAAAGGAGACACGCUGUGUGAGACGUUCAGUCUCAGAGAUCUGGUGCUCACAUACGGCCCGGAGAAACAGACACGUUUGGUUCGGCACUUUCAUUUCCACGGCUGGCCAGAGAUCGGAAUCCCAGCCGAAGGAAAAGGGAUGAUCGACAUCAUCGCAUCGGUGCAGAAACAACAGCAGCAGUCGGGCAACCACCCCAUCGCCGUGCACUGCAGUGCCGGAGCGGGUCGGACCGGUACGUUUAUCGCUCUCAGUAAUAUUCUGGAGCGAGUGAAAGCCGAGGGUUUGCUGGAUGUGUUUCAGACUGUGAAAAGUUUACGAAUGCAGCGGCCACACAUGGUGCAGACAGUGGAACAGUAUGACUUCUGCUACAGAGUGGUACAGGACUUUGUCGACAUUUUCUCAGACUAUGCCAAUUUCAAAUGAUCUGAUCUGCCUUAAAUGUUUGAGUUUGAUGCUUUUUUACACGUCAGUCGAUCAGGAUUUUACACCGCGACUGGAAGAUAAUUGCGCUCUAUUUUGCUAUGCACUUCUCCUCAAUGUUACUAAAUGACCAUAUCUAUCUGUAAUAUACUAAGGCUACUAAAGUUUUAAAAACUGUACAUUGUUCUGUCUCCUUUAUAAUAUAUUUAAAUGGGUUUAUUUUGGUCUUAAAUCAUCUCUCUGAGGAUGGAUCCAUUCCAGUUGGGCUUCUGUUGUUAUUGUAAAAUAGUGUUUUGUCUGUUUGUUUGUUCGACUAAUUAUUUUAAUUUUUUAUUAAGCGAUUCGUGUAGAAUUUGUAAAGCUGUAGGUGGUAUGUAUUUAUGCACUGUUGCAGACAGGACAUCCUGCGAGAUAAAGCAUGUAUGUGAAUGUCCCAUGCCAUUUUAUUUAUUAGAUGCAGAGUUGUUGUCUUACAUUUUAUGAAAGAUAUCAUUGUCAAAAAGUUGUUUUAUUCCUGUCUUUAACAUUGUGCUCAUCAGCCAUUGCAAAUGUGAACUUUUUAAGAACUUUUGUUUCAAAGCAGCAAAUACACCCAUCACAUUAAGAGAGCGAGUGUUACAGAAUACUGCUAAAGUAUUAUUGGUGAGAAAGGCACAAACACAUUUUCAUGGUUUAACAUCAGCAAGAGUUUAUAUUAGAUAUGAUCUUGCACAGAAACAGCAACUGUAUGAGACUCAUGACCUCUGACCUUAAACGUCCUGCCUCUGUUUCCCUGAGAAUGAUGCUGAGAAAAACUGCACAGGUUUUUAAAGCACACACAUCACCGAUUGUUUGCCUUGCAGGAGGCCAAGGAUUUACAAAUACAUGAACAAAUGCAUUAUGAAAUCA